AUGUCUCAAUUAUACGUUGGCCCAGUUCAGGCCCCGGGGGAACAGCUCCAAAUCACCGGUGUUCAAAGCGGCAUCAUUCCGCAAAGAAGCAAACAGAAGCUCUCUGUGGAGUUGUAUAUGUCAUGGAUCGAAUCUUGCUCGCAAGCUUCAGUGCUCCCGCUCGUACUUGUCCGGGAAAUCAUUUCUUCCUCUGCAUAA